AUGACAGUUGAAACCUUCCGCAAGAAGGUCCAUGAUCCAUCAUCAGAUGAAGAAUGGUGUCCAAAACGUAAAAUAAAAAAACUUUCACCACAAGUUUCGUGUGUGUCACCAAGCUCUGCACAAUUAGCAUUGAAUAAUCCUGAAAUUGUCUCCAAAGUUUGCGAUUAUUUGCUCAAUGGUAAUAAAGUUGUGCACUUUAUUGAUCUUAGGAGAAUCAACCGAACCUUCGAUUUCACAGUUCUCCAUUUUGUGCGUAAAGCGUUCCGCCAUUUGCAGAUUGUCGACACCAAUACCAAUAAUUUUGAGCUUGAAAUCAAUGAAAUCGAUAUAAAAUUGGUGCUAGUGCCUUCAUUUUUCCAGUUUUUAAGGAAUGUCGCCAAAGUUAGAAUAGAAACAAUCGAGUUUGCUGGAUUCUUAGAUAGCAAUAAAGAGGUUCAUGAUUGUAUUCUUCGUGAGCUGUUCAGUUUUGAUGUUAUGCAAAUCCGCAAGUUUGUUGGAGCUGAAGAGAUUUGCGAACGAGGUUGUAUGAUGUGCCAUGCAUUGGCAUCAAUAUCCAAAAGUUAUGGGCCCAUGCAGUGGCUCACCCUUCAUCAGGGAUUUUCAUAUCGCCUCAUGUUUUCGGCAACGACCGGAACUCAUCCAAGAAAUGUUAUUGAUUGUAUUAUAAAACAGUGGAAAUUGAAAUCGUUGGAAAUUGAAUUGAUGGAAGCUGACGCGAUUGCGGACUGUCUGAUAGCAAAAGCGAUGUGGAGCCAAGACAUUCAUAUCGGCUACUCGUUGCAGAAUGUCUGCGCGAACGUGAAACGGGUGUUUCCGUCGGAUAGAGUAUUUCUAACGUUGCCGCUCGGAAUGCACGAUUUGGCGCGAGAGCGUUUUGGGGACUUUUGCGAAAUUGUGGUGUCAUUUGUGUGGAAUGAUGAGCUGAAUGCGAGAAACUCAACAUGUUUUGUUCGCGUUUAUUGUUAUGGAAUCAAAACGCAAGAUGUACAGAAAUCUGUAUUGCCGAUGUAUGAAUUCAACGGUCGUCCGAUCAUUUCAAAUGUCAACUCAUUGGCGUUGGACGUUGAAAUUCGCGGACUGCUCUCGAAUUGGCACCACCACAGCAACAUGCGCAACUUUUCGCCGAUCGCCGUCGUCUCGUUGUACGAUGUUCUCAACAAGUGCGCGAUUCAUAUCCAAGUAUGUGUCGACCCUGAAUGA